GUACUUGCCAUUUUAAUAAUGAGGUUAAAAUUAUUUCUUACACCUCACAUGUGUGUAAUCGCUUCCCUCAUAUGCUCCAGACAGCUGUUUGGGUGGAUCGUCAAAAGAUUCCAUUAUCCAGUGGUCAUCCUUCUUUUAGCAUUAAUGUCGAUACAAGGCAUCAGCAACAUUCAAAGCCAACUAAAUAUUAAAGGAGAGUUUAGCAACAUAGCUCAGGAAGAACUACUGGAAUGGAUCAACUCCAGUACAAAACCAAAUGCCGUAUUUGCUGGUGCAAUGCCCACAAUGGCAAGUGUUAAGCUAUCAACAGGGCGUCCCAUAGUCAAUCACCCACACUAUGAAGAUGCUGGUUUAAGAGAGAGAACAAAACGAGUUUAUUCAAUGUACAGUCGUAAACCUGCUAAAGAAGUAAAGAAAAUCCUGAUGAAAAUGGGAGUGCAUUACUUCAUAUUGGAAGACGGAUGGUGCACACGAAGAACAAGGACUGGUUGCAGCAUGUCAGAGAUCUGGGAUAUUGAAGAUCCAUCCAAUGCUGGCAAGGCUCCAUUAUGUUCCAUUUUAUCCAAGGAGUCAUUGCCACACUUUGCCACUGUUUUCGGAAAUAAUGUUUACAAGGUUUUAAGAGUUGGAAUUUAA